AUGGGCGAGCCGACCGACGAGUGCGGUGUGCCCGUCUACAAUGCCGCGAAAGCUGCCGAGAAGCUCUCUGCCGGCAAGACCUACACCUGCGCUUGCCCGUUGUACUGGGCCAAUCUUGGGUUCGAACUACAGCCCAACAUGCCGAAAUAUCGUUCCAGGCUACAGAACCUCCGCGAGCACUUUUUCGAGAAGCCUGCCAAGAUCCCCUGCAAGAUCGUCGUCUUCUUGGAGAAGGACGAGCUGCCGCACAAGUUGAAGGGCGCCCUCAAGUGCACCGAACCGCCCGAGCUCCGUGACGCUUUCCGCCUCGCAGUCUUCAAGGCGGUGGAUGAAGGGGCGCCUGCCAAGGUCCUCGCUGAGUGGCACGAGAUUCUGCUGAGCUGUGAGUUCUCAUUCGAGAUCUUUAAGACGGUCGUUCAGGCGAGGGAGGACUUGGGCGUCCUGAGGGACAACACGGAGGUGACUCCCCUCAUGCGCAUCUACGAAGUGGUGGAUUUUAAGAAACAAAUGGAGGCCAGCGAGAACAAGAAAUUGUCGAAGUCCAGCCUCGCAAGCCUCUACGACUCGGUCAAGUAUGCGAAAAAAACCGAGCCUGUCAAAGCCGCCUACAUCGAGGUGGCGAUGAUGCUCCACCGCUCCUGCCUCUCGUUUCCGGCCGUUCGCAACAUUCUGCAAGCCAUGGAGCAGCUUGACGUUUGUCCUCUGGACUCCGUGUACAAGAUUCGCGAGGUCACCGUGCAAUGCGAGAAAAAGGAGAACCUCCAGCAAUGGGUUUUCACAAUGCUGAUGGACUGGUGGCAAAGGGUGGAUGGGUGUGACACUGUGCCGAUCCGCAGCCUCAAAGAGGGACCUGACCAGGUUUCUCUUGUUCGCUUGUUUCUCUUCAAGCGCACAUUGAGGGACUACCUCAUGAGGGAGAUGGAUUUGAAGUUUGCUGCGUGGAGCGAGGCCAUCCGCGCGGAGAUCCGACGAUUGGCCAGCUGCAUGGAAACCUUCCGGUCCGAGCUGGGCUACAUCGACGACAAGCCUGUUGGCGGCGGCUACCAGCAACGAGGAAGUUGGCCGUCCAGCGCGGACAACUUCCUGCUCUUGUUGGAAAACCUCAUCUACGGCUACCGGUUUGACGGGAUCCUGAAGCUAAACAUCAAGUCACGCCGCAGCGCGGAGGAUACGCUGAAUCAUGCUGAAAUCCGGUCUUUCAUUUCCCGAGUCACAACGGCUUAUGAUACCGAGAACUCCGCGAACCCAACGCCUGAGGAAGGCGGUACGGAUCAGCAGGCUGGCGCUGACUCCACGAAGGUUCUGGACGACGCUGCCAUUGCCAACCUCUCCGAGGCCGAGAAGAUCAUGCAUGAGGCCACGGAGGCUGAGAAGGGUUCCGACGUGAUGCUGCGGAUCCAGAGCGGGGUGCGCAUGGCCCAGCGAAAAGUCCAAGGGCAGUCCACCUUCAUCAUCGACAAUGCUUCUGACGAAGGACAGUUGGCGAAGGACCUCAAGAACUCAUUGGCCGCUCAAGCCAGAGGAAACCCGGACGUGCAAGCUUAUGUUGUGAUUGUGGUGGACGUCAAGUUGCUUUGCGAAAGCGGCAGCCAGGGCCGCUAUCGCAUGGGCCCAACUCGUCCGGCUCAGCUGCGGCGCCUUCUCAAUGCUUUGCUGGCAUCGCGGCCGGACGGAGAUCUUGACGAGGGGGAUGUCCUCCUGGUGCUCGACGGUGGAAAGGGAGGGGGCAAUGUCGCCUCCUGGGUGGAGUCUGCGGUCUGCAAGCUGCUCCCGUCGAAGAGAUACCAGCAGGUGCACCAGACCAUCCUCUACACCCAUGACUCCAUCGAGCAGCGGAUGGAGAGAGCGAGCAAGUGCCCGCUGCAGCUCACGGAGACGGCGUCGUUCAUCACGUUGAACACUGCCGUGAGCUUCAAGAUCCAGAGCCGCUUGCACUGCGCAGGCAACACCCGCGGCAACGUGCUGGGCCCGUUUGCGAAGCCGGAGUGGAACGACAGCUCCAAAGUCUGGCAGGUCACACUGGCGGCAAAGAAGGACAUAUUCGGCUCAGACAACCUCCCACUUCCCGGCGGUCGGCUGCCAGUGGCAUUGGAUGAGGUUGAAGAUGGAGCCGAUGGUGCUGCGGAGCAGGACGGAGCAGCGAAGAAGAAAGCACGGAUCCGUGCCAAUGACCUGGUGCCAUGCUUCUACCACGAGUGUGCAGAGUCGGUGUCGGCUGAGCUGGCCCACAGCCUGCGGCCGGUGUCAGUCCUGGACUUGACACCAGGCUCAGGCCACUGGGCUUACUACUGCAUCAGGCACAGGGUCAGCUACACGGGGAUAGUCUUCACACCAGAGCACAAGCAGGCGCUCAUGGACAAGCUUGCGUCAAGGGUUCUGUGUGGCAUGGUGGACAGCAACGACACGAAGCUGUACGACCCAGCGUUCGCCAAGGACGUGCAGCAGCAGAGCGAGCAGAGCACCGAGAACAACAACAGCGGGAGCGGCGGGCGUGGACGUGGCAGGGGCCACGGCGGUCGCGGUGGCAGAGGCGGGCGUGGCCGCGGCAAUGGCGGCGGUACUGAUCCGAGUGUCGGCAGUUGCCAGACCAGUGCUGGCAGUGGCAAUGGCGGCGAUGGCGCUGACGGCACUGGGGGCACCGGAAACGAGCAGGGCGGCCAGGGCGACGAGGAUGGCACUGGUGGCGAUGGUGGGGACCGCAAGGCGCUACUGAACAAGAUCCAGGAUGCCAUGAAACUUGUUUAG